GGCGCGCGGCGGCGGCGACCCCUACAGCGAUCUCAGCAAGGGCGUGCUGCGCUACCGGACCGUGGAGGACGUGCUCACGCCCCUCGAAGACUGCUUUAUGUUGGACUCCGGCGCUGUCCUGGACUUCGGCGUCCUCGCCAGCAUCAUGCAGAGCGGCCACACGCGCAUCCCGGUGUACGAGGAGGAGCGCUCCAACAUCGUGGACAUACUGUACCUCAAGGACUUGGCCUUCGUGGACCCCGAGGACUGCACGCCGCUCAGCACCAUCACCCGUUUCUACAACCAUCCCCUCCACUUUGUCUUCAACGACACCAAAUUGGACGCUGUCCUGGAGGAGUUCAAGCGAGGGAAGUCCCACCUGGCCAUCGUGCAGAAGGUGAACAAUGAAGGGGAGGGUGACCCCUUCUACGAGGUGCUGGGCUUGGUCACGCUGGAGGAUGUCAUUGAGGAGAUCAUCAGGUCUGAGAUCCUGGAUGAGUCUGAAGACUACCACACCAGGAAGAAGAGGACUGUUGCCCUGAGCACCCCUCUCAAGCGGAAGGAGGAAUUCUCCUUAUUCAAGGUGUCUGAUGAUGAAUAUAAAGUAAAAAUCUCGCCUCAGCUGCUCCUGGCCACCCAGCGCUUCCUUUCCCGAGAGGUGGAUGUGUUCAGCCCAUUGCGAAUCUCCGAGAAAGUCUUGCUGCAUCUGCUGAAGCAUCCCAGUGUCAAUCAGGAGGUGAGGUUUGAUGAGAACAACCGCCUGGCCGCACACCAUUACUUGUACCAGCGCAGCCAGCCGGUGGACUACUUCAUUCUCAUCUUGCAGGGCAAGGUCGAGGUAGAAAUUGGGAAAGAGGGCCUGAAGUUCGAGAAUGGGGCCUUCACAUACUAUGGAGUGUCUGCUCUGACAGCUCCGUCUUCAGCUCACCAGUCCCCAGUGUCUUCACGCCAGCUCCUCCGCCAUGACCUGCAGCCUGCACCAACUGAGAGCACUCGCUCCUCCACAUACUGUCCUGACUACACCGUGAGGGCUCUUUCUGACCUGCAGCUCAUUAAGGUCACACGGCUGCAGUACCUUAAUGCACUCCUGGCUUCCCGGGCGCAAAGCUUGCCUCCGUCCCCAGAGAAUGCUGAGCUCCACGCCAUACCAGGCAGCCAGACCAGGCUUCUUGGUGACAAGUCCGCUGAGACAGCAGCCUUCCCAGUAGACCUUUCCCUCUUUGGCACAUUUGGAAACUGCAGUUGAUAAAUGACUGUGGACUAGUGAGCAUUUUUUGUUUUAAGAAAACACCAAGGGUCCAGCAACAGCAGACCUGGCAUCCCAGUGGAGGAGAGCCCUGGGCAGAACCCAGCAGUGUAACUGCUUGCCAGGCAGCCCUGAGCUGGAAAUGGACAAGCGUGUGGGGAGCUGGGGAGAGUCAAUCAGGAGCUUCAUGCCAGCCUGCCUCCACCUAUUCUGGCCACGUUUUAGAUGGCCAUUAUAAGAUGUGGGUCCUGGGCCUUCUGAGUGCCAGAGCCUUCAGCUGACCCUGCCUUCCCUUAGGAGAUUGGAUUGACAGAUCAGUCCUUCAGAACCCUGUGUCUGGGGAUGAAAGGAACAGCAUCAUCUCUGGUCCCCAGCUUCUCCCCUGAUGCUGUAACAGCACAGUAUCUAUACCUCCCUGAGCCAGGUGCCAUGUGGGUGUGCAGUUACUGCCUUUACGUGGCCUUGGCCUCUCUUUGUUUUUGAUUGGCCAACCCUCUGUUGCUGGCAUCACUUUGAACAAACCAAGAGCGCUGGCUUUAGACGGAGAUUCAAAUCUGUGGCCCUGUCGUGUACUUUUUGGCUUCCCUUACAAUGCCAUAUUUUGAUUCAUACACUCCAGUUUUUUCCAUGUGCCAAAUCUAAAAGCACGGUUCCCCCAAUAAAUAUGUGCCCUAGUUCUGCUCCCUCCUGUGGAGGUGGCUUCUCUGACUCCUUCUGAAGUCAUGAGCAGGCUGACCCAGUUACACAGGAAGCCUGCCCAGCAUGGCCUGGGGUCAGCUUGCAUUUCUCCUCCACCUGUGCAUAGUGCCACUAAUGGUAUUGUCAGUUUCUGUUUGAGGUCGUGGGUGGAAGGCUAAAAGUCAGUGUUGAGUGACCGUUUAUUGUAACUGCCUUGUACUUCUGUCCUAAGCCCCUGGGAGAUGUGAGCAGCAAUCAGGGAGGACUGUUUGCAAACCUGGUACCUCCUUGUCACCUGCUGAGAAGUCAAGAUUUUCUUGUAUCUGAACUAUUUCAGAUUCUGGGCCCUUUUCUGUUUCCAGUGGUGGUGUUUUGGGGAUGCAGGGGUGGGAAAACUGUUUUUCUCUUCUAGUUUACCUACAUUUUCCUUCCACAGUUUCUGGGACCAUAGGUUAGGGUGGGAAGGGAGGAUUUCUGGAACUUUCCUCAAAAGAAUGUGGGUCCUGGUAAGUGGGGAACAGUGAUAUGCUGAGAAAAUAUUCUCAAGGAAUAUGCUCUAAGAACAAACUCAGGUUGGAAGCAAAUACUUUAAAAAUCAUCUCUCCCCAAAACAGAAUUUUGCAUUUUGGCUGCACCUCAGAAUCACCUGGCCAAUUAGAACCUUCAGUAGCUGGGCUCUGCUGGGCUUCUGAGGUAGUCACCUUGAACACCAGGGUUAUGGGCUUGAAAUAGUGUUAGAUGCAUAGAAGAGUUCCACAUGCCCUAUACUCAGCUUCCUCUACUAUUAACGUAUUAAAUAACCUUGUUACAUUUAUCAAAAUUAAAAUGCUAACAUUGGUGCCAUACUAUUUAACUGGAGGCUUGAUUUGGAUGUUGCUUUUUUUGUUUGUUUGUUUGUUUUUUUGGUAAUAUCCUUUUCUGUUGCAGGAUUCCAAGUUAGGAUGCCAAAAUACACGUAGAGCUAUUGUUUUCCUAUUUACCUGACUCUGUAUUUUAUAGUAAUUGCAGAUUCAUAGGGAGUUAGAAAGAUACGGUUCAUGCAUCCUUUAUCUGCUUUCCUCAGUGGUCCUAUCUCACAAACUAGAAUGUAGUCUCAAAGCCUGGAACGGUGCAGAUGGUACCCAGCACCUGUGUAGACCCAAGUCUAACCCACUGUCCUGUCACUACCACUCAGAGCCAGCUGCCCCAUCCCUAAGCCCUGGCAACCAUUCUACUGUUCUCAUCUCUGUUAUUUUGUCAUUUCAAGAGUGUUUCAGGGGCUGUGCAGUGUGUGGCCCUCAGCACAGUGCCCUGGGGAUUGGCCCAGCUCAUUGUGUCUGUAAUUUGUUCCCUUUCUUGCCAAGUGGUGUUCCAUGGUGUCCUGCCCCAUCAAAGGACAUCUGGGUUGUUUCCAGUGUUUGGCCUUCUUUAAAUAAAGCUGCUAUGAACAUUCAUGUACA